UCACGAACACAAAUACUGGCAGAAUCAAGAGGCAAUCAAAAUUUAAGCUCAUCAAAAGCUUUUGUUUAUUUCAAUUUAUCUUCACUAGCUCGACAACCAUGUAUAUGUCAUCAGCCAUUGAUGACAGGACAUCAAUGUACCAGGGCUCAGCCUCGCGUGUAACUAUAGUGGCACACCUGUUUGGGCUAUUGUCUCUUAUUCUCAUCCUUGUUUGGUUGUUGCAUUAUCAGGGGGGCCUGGAAUAUGAUUCUAACGAAGCAUAUCGAGUUUUCAAUGUUCACCCCUUUCUCAUGUUUUUUGGUUUUAUUUUCAUGGCUGGUGAAGCGAUGAUGGCAUUCAGAACGGUGGGGGCGGAAAGAGAAGUGCGGAAGUUCAUUCACAUGAUAUUUCACCUGAUUGCUAUAUGUCUGGGAAUUGUUGGGAUAAAGGCUGUUUUCAAGUUCCAUGAAAUGAUCAACAAUUCGCCGGAUGUGUAUAGCUUACAUUCUUGGAUCGGAAUCGGCACCUUCAGUUUGUUUUGCUUGCAGUGGUUGAUCGGUUUUGUUACAUUCAUGUUUCCACGAGCUUCGCGUCCUACGAGGGCUAGGUUUCUUCCAUGGCAUGUGAGUGGGGGUAGAGCCCUCCUGUACAUGGCGAUAUGCGCCGCCCUCACCGGGCUGAUGGAGAAGGCUACUUUCCUUAAACUCCAACACGGUUAUGAAGCCCGUGUUAUUAACUUUACAGGACUCUUCAUACUACUCUUCGGCAUCUUUGUUGAUCUCUCGAUUGCUUUGGGUCGUUACCGUUUCGACUGAUUUAUAUGUGUGGAUGCACAUUUUCUUUAUUAAUUUUAUUGGCAAUUAUAUUGCUAUCGAGUUUUGUGAUUGUUUUUAGUUGUC